AUGUCUUCACCAAGACCAAAAAAACAUCAUAAUAAAAAAAAUGAAGAAGAUAGCCAUAUAAAAAAACAUCACAAGAAAAAAAGUCAUAAACGACAACGACAUUCUGAUAAUGAUUCAAAUGAAGAUAUCAAAUAUCCAAAAGGAUUUAAAUACUCACGCUAUCAUUAUUUAGAUAUAUCAGAAGAUGAUUAUUAUUUAAAAUCAACAGAAUUUCGUCUUUGGCUGAGAGAAUAUAAAGAGAAAUUUUUUGAUGAAAUGAAAACUGAAGAAGCUCAUCGAUACUUUAAAAAAUUUGUGAAUUAUUGGAAUAAAGUUAAAUUAGACAGAAUGCGUUCUUCACAAUUAACUAAUUCAGAAGGUACUAGAUAUAAAUGGAAUAUUAAUGUAAAUCAGGAUGAACUUGAUGUUAUUAAAAACUCUGUAGAUAGACAAACAAAUGUAAAGUUUGUUACUGAAGUACAAAUGAGGUCAACAAAUAACAGGAGUAAUGAUGAGUCAAGAUCUUCUAGAGUAAUUGGCCCAACAAUGCCACCUCCAACAACUAAAAGAUCUUAUGAUAUUGACGAAGGAAUGGAUGAAGAGGAUAAAGAACGUUAUGAACGUUCUUUAAAAAAAAAGGAACAAAGAGAAUUUAGAAAAACUCAUAAUGCUGUUUUGGAUGAAUUGUUACCAAAACCUACAGAAGCAAUGAUUGAAAAGAAAAAAGUCAAAAAUGCAUAUUAUAGAAGAGAAACGAGUCCAGAUGUUGAAUUAAAUGAUGAUGAUUUAAUUGGUGGUGGUGAUGAUUUUCAAACAAGACUUACUUCUUAUAAUCGAUCAAAAGAAAUGAAGGAAAAAAAAAAACAAGAGCAAAAAGCUGAAAAAGCAGAAAGUCUAAAAGAAAAGGCUAUUGCCUAUCAAGCAAAAGAAAGAGAUACUAUUGAAAUGUUUAAAAGAAUGGCUGAAGAACAACGUAAAGCUGGUAAAGGACUAUGGGGUCAAACUGAUAACAAAUGA